UGAGGAGAAGGAUGGAAGCUCGCCGCCGAGCCUUAAGAUGUCCAUGCUCUCCGCCAAACUCUAUUUCGAGCACCUCCGUUCCCGCGAGCUAUCAAUCCACCGCAUCCUCGACAUAAGAGUUGGCCAUCUUGGAGAUGUUCGGCCGAGUGAAAAGCAGUAUACGUCGGGUUGACAGCCCCAAAACCAUCAAUACCCACAGAGUUGCAGCCAGGACAUUUGCUGCAAACGGCCAUGCGCUCAAGGAUGCGGACUCCGCUCAGCCGCCAGCAACUGCUCCGGACGAACAGCCAGCAAUUGUUAGAAAGGUAGCUGGGAGCCUCCGCAGCCCCUUGAUUCGAAAAUCGGAUGCUCCACCGGUCACGCCAGCAGCCCGCGCUCUACAGGCGAAAAGAAGCCAAUCGCAGCCUGCGAAGAAGAAACCAAAAGCUCCCUCAUCCCAGCCUGUGCGGGCAUCAACCAAGCCGGAACCGGUCGAACCUCAAUCAAAGUAUGCCCAAAUCUCUCUGGCCAUCGACAAGGAACAGCAUCUCUUUUCGGCGUUGUUGCUGCGCGAUCUAUGCCAAUGCUCGGCCUGCGUGGAUCCCUCGACCAAACAAAAGUCCUUUUCCACUACCGACAUUCCAACCUCGAUCUCCGCCCGCGCCGUGAGUCUGAACGAGAACGGUGCUAGCAUUCUUUGGAACCAGGACAUCCCAGGUUUUGAUCGCGGCCACAUCACCGAGCUGAGCUCGUUGCUUCUACGGAACCUUGCCUCCCACAGCACACCUGAAGUUCCAUACACCCCUGCCCCACGGACCGUGUGGGAUGCCGCGUCCUUUGAACAGGUCCAAGACAUCGACUACGAAGCGUAUAUGAAUGACGAUGCAGUGCUGCACAGCGCCCUCCAGCAACUGCACACCCACGGCCUCCUCUUCCUCCAAAAUGUCCCAGACUCCCCCGACUCCGUCUCCAUCAUCGGCGAGCGCAUCGGGCCCCUCAAAAACACCUUCUACGGCUACACAUGGGAUGUACGCUCCGUCCCGGACGCCAAAAACGUCGCCUACACUUCCCAACACCUUGGCUUCCAUAUGGACCUUCUCUACAUGCAGCAACCCCCGCACCUCCAACUCCUCCACUGCAUCCGCUCCUCAGCGCAAGGCGGCGCCAGCCUCUUCACCGACAGCUACAAGGCGGCGCGCGACUUGUACGCCACCGACUUCAAAGCAUUCGACGUGCUGGCCAGGAUGGAUACACACUUCCACUACAACCACCCCGCCUCCAACCUCUAUUCCCACCGCCGCCCCGUGCUCGAGCUCCAGAAACUCCGCUUGGGAGCCAGCGAUUAUAAGACGCUCUCCGCCUUCGAGGGCGCAUGGAACUUCGCCGCACAACGAAACCCCACCCUAGGCUCCUUCGACAUCCUCCGCCUCCUCGACAGCGUCGCCUGGUCCCCGCCCUUCCAAGGCCCCUUCCUUCCGCGCGCUGCCCCCAUCGCCGGCAUCCAAGCCCAGCGAGCAGUGGGCGACAAAAUCGAAGUAUGGCAUCAGGCGGCGCAAAAGUUUAGCGCGCUUAUUCACCGGCCGAAGGAAAUCUACGAAAGGCUGAUGCGCCCUGGCGAGUGUGUGGUGUUUGAUAACCGCCGCGUGUUGCAUGCGCGCAAGGCGUUUGUGCCUGGCGAUGCGGGGUCGGAGAGGUGGUUACGCGGCGCGUAUCUGGAUCGGGAUCCUUAUUUGAGUAAGUUGAGGGUGUUGGAGAGGCGGUUUGGUGAUGUUAGGGGAGUGAAGGCUGCUGCUGCUGUUGAUGGGGAGGCGCGGGCGCCGCAGAGGGUGCAGCUAGACGAUUCGCAGUUUAGAGAGCAUGUCUGGUAGUAGCUGGAAGCAUGAGAACUACGUCUACAUUCCAGUAUGGAGUCAACACAGGCAAAAAGGGACAGCCAGUAAGGAUCAGCCAAACAGAGACAGCCAGACAGGAUGAAGAGCAAAGGUGGGUGGAAUUGAAGGAUCAAAGG